UUCAGAAAUAAUAAUUUCAACAAAAACAAAUCCGGAACAGCAAGAUAAAGCAGUUUCCAUAACUUAGAUUGUUUAUAUUUUAUUUUAAUAAAAACUCGCCUUAGAAAUAACACUAUUGUAUUGUAGUUUUAAGUGUCUUAGUAAUGUAAUCACCGUUCGACAUAUGGAGAAAAUUAAUAUUUUAAAAAUAUUUACUGUGUAUUGUGAAGUUUUUUUGCAUGUAUCUUAACUUUUUUUUCCUUAAUAAAUAGUUUUUAAGUAUUAUCCAAAAUGACUGCUUAUCAAAUAUUGGAUUUGGUAUCUGGAUUAAAAUCGCGCCAUGCAGAGACUCGGCAUAAGGCAAUUCGAGAGUUAUUACAUUUUGCCAGGACUGAUUUACGAGAAAUGUCUCAAGAUGCUUUAACUCAAGUCUUGGAUGAUUUUAACCAGCAUAUACAUGCACUGACAUCCAGCUACGAUAAUAAUGAAAAGAAAGCUGGGAUACUCACAAUAGUCUGUCUUAUUGGAGGGGAUACUGAGACAACGAAAACGAGGCUAAACCGUUAUGCUCAAUACUUGAGAAAUAUAUUCCCAUCUAAUGAUGUCAGUAUAUUGGAGCUGGCAGCCAAGACUAUGGGUCGCUUGGCAGUGUCUCUUGGAGUAAAGAGGGGAGAGUAUGUAGAAGUUGAAAUUAAAAGAGCAUAUGAGUGGUUAUCUGAAGAGAGAAGUGAAAGUAAGAGAUUAUCAGCUGUCUUAAUAUUACGGGAACUAGCAAUUGCUAUGCCUUCAUAUUUUUACCAAAAUAUUGGUGGGUUUUUCAAUAACAUUCACAGUGCUCUCAGGGAUCCGAAAGAACAGAUACGUGAAUUAGCGGCAAAAACUUUAAGGGCAGCAUUUGUAGUGACAUCACAGAGAGAGCAACCAGAUCAGAGUAAUAAAGUGCACUGGUAUUCCGAAUGCUAUGAAGAAGCUAUGACAUCAUUUUCUGAUAACACUGUUAGAGAAAGAGGCUUAAGUAGAGAUGAACAUGUUCAUGGUGCUUUGUUAAUUUUAAAUGAACUGUUAAGAUGUUCCAAUGCUGCUUGGGAGAAGAAAUACACAAUGCUAAUGCAGAAGUUGGAUACAGAACAAGAUGUGUCAGAUGAAAUGUUCUCUUUAAGUUCGAAGAUGCACAACUCAUGGACAAUACAAAGUUUAGAGGAAAAGCAUACUUCGAUUGGCAUUUAUGAGUCAAGUAUUUGUAGAAAACUUAUUGUUGAAAAAUAUGAAAAGAUAGCUUCUGAGGUAAUGGCGCAACAGAUAUCAAGAUCACAUAGUGUUCAUCAAAUGUUAUUGCUUAUAAUACCAAGACUGGCUGCUUUAAAUAGAGAGGCUUUUUCAAAGAAACAUCUGAAGUCUACAAUAAAUCACCUAAUUACCUUUUUAAGAGGUAGAGAAAAGGAAAAAGCUAUGGCUUUUACAACACUCGGUCUAGUCUGUGUUGCCGUUGAGUGUGACAUUCAAAUAUAUUUAGGUAGAAUUAUAGAAAUCAUAAGAUUGACAUUACCAGUUAAAGAUGUGCCAAAGAAACGUAAUGGUACAGAUACACCAUUAUUUAAUUGCGUGACGUUAUUAGGAUUCGCAAUGAAAGAAGAUGUGGCUAAUGAGGUGAAAGAGCUUCUAGAUCCGAUGUGUGCGACAGGUUUAAGUCCACAACUAACAACAUGUUUUAAAGAACUAAGCCAAAAUUUACCAUCACUGAAACUGGAAAUAACAGAUCGAUUGCUUAAUAUUCUUUCACUGAUACUUAGAAAGAAACCUUAUAUGAGUAAUAAUUCAGAGCAGCAUUUUACUCAUGUUUUAUCAACUGCUCUGUUAGGUGAACCUCAGGAUGCUAACAAAUUGGUACUAGCGCUGCGCACUCUCGGUGCCUUUGAUUUUGAAUGGAAUAAUACAUUAAUGUCUUUCAUUAGAAGAUGCACAGAUUAUUAUUUACAAAGCGAACAGCAUGACAUUCGGCUGGAAACUGUUAAAACAGCUGCAAAAUUGUUGAUUAAAGCAAUUGAAAGAUGCGCUCAAACAAACUCUCGCACUUUGAGUCUGAUCGUUGAUGAAUCGUUAGGAAAGCUUUUAGCUGUCGGUAGAUCAGAUUUUGAUCAAGAAGUACGCUUUAAAGUUCUAGAAGUAUUCACCAAUCCAAUAUUUGAUAAAUAUUUAGCAAACGAAGAACACCUCAAUAGUCUCUUUGUUGCAAUAAAUGAUUCCAAUAGUGAAGUAAGUGAGUUAGCAUUGUGCAUAGUCAGUAGGUUGAGUAACAUUAACCCAAGUUACACAACUCCAACUUUAAGAGAAUAUUUCGUACAAAUUCUUAUAGAGUUGCAGCACUCGGAAUCAACACGCAAUAAAGAACAGUCUCUUAGAAUGGUUAACAAUAUUAUAUCACAUGCGCCAAGGAUUACUCGACAAUUCGUCGACACUAUAUUAAAAGUUCUCGUACCGAAACUACGAGAAGAAACUGGAAAUUCAACUAUGAUUUUAACCAUAUUGAAAGCUAUAGGAGAUCUUGCUGAAAUCAAUGGCGGAGGAAAUUCUUUAACUCAAUGGCUACCAGAACUGAUAUCAAUUCAAUUAGAAAUACUGGCAGACCCCAAUCAAAUUGAAAAAAGAAGUAUAACGUUAUGGUCAUUUGGACAAGUGAUCAGUGCGAUAGGGUAUGUGGUUACACCUUACAUGGAAUAUCCACAUUUAAUGGAUAUGCUUUUAAAUUUCCUAAAGACUGAACAACAAACUGGUGAUCGGACGGAAACUAUACGGAUUUUGGGUUUAUUAGGCGCACUAGAUCCGUACAAACAUAGAGUAAAUCAAGGGUUGAUAGAUUUUCAAACAAUGUCCACUCUAAUUCCGAUACCAGAAACGACGGCGAAUUACGAAAAUUUCGACAUUAACGUGGGUGAUAUGCUAGUCAACAUGUCACCUUUAGUUUUGGACGAAUUUUAUCCGGCUAUUGCCGUCACAUCUUUGAUGAGGAUGUUACGUGAUCCUAUGUUGGCCAGACAUCACACCAGUGUUGUACACUCAGUGACUUUUAUUUUCCAAACAUUGGGUAUCAAAUGUGUCCCAUAUAUUUCUCGAGUAACCCCCAGUCUUUUGUAUGUAAUUCGUACAACCGACAAUAGUAACUUCCGUGAAUUUUUAUUCACUCAAUUGGCACAACUAAUAUCAGUUGUAAAAAUUCAUAUACGAGCAUAUUUAGAAGAAAUAUUCGAUAUAAUUAGAGAAUAUUGGACACCGGAUAGCCCACUCCAACCGACUCUGAUUUUAUUGGUCGAACAUAUUACAGUAGCGAUUGGUACUGAAUUUAAAGUUUAUCUGAGAAAGAUUCUACCAAAUAUAUUGCGAGUAUUAAAAUACGACAGAACAAAAGAUAAAUUUCUAACAGAAAAACUGUUAUUGGCUAUACAGAAGUUUGAGAAUAAUCUAGACGAUGUUUUACUGUCCGUCAUACCAGCUGUUACCGCUCUGUUUGACGGUCGAAAUAUUCCGACAUCUAUAUCGAAAUUGGCUUUGGAGACUAUCGAACAUUUAUCUGUGUAUUUAUAUUUGAAACCUUAUUCUGCGAUUAUAAUACAAGCUACUGCAAAAGUAUUAGAUAAUAAUCCAGCUUUAAGACAAACUGCGAUGAAUACGUUGUGUGCUUUAAUUGUUCAAAUGGGUCGUGAAUAUAUAGAUUAUAUUCCAUCCAUCGAUAGAAUAUUACAGAAACACAAAAUACACUAUCCUAGUUAUAUAGUGCUGGUAACACGGCUUCAAGUUAGUUCUACUCUCGCUUCGGAUGAUGAUUAUUUGGAUGAAACUAGAUCGAGGUUACGAAACCAGAAAAGUGAUGUAAUGAGGAAUACAAGCGAAACACAAGUUCAAAAGUUGACUCUAAAUGUAAAGAAUUUACGCAAGUGUUGGUCGACAACUAACCUGAUAUCUAAAGAAGACUGGUUGGAAUGGUUACGUCGACUAAGCGUUGGCUUCCUUACAGAGUCCAACAGUCACGCCAUUAGGGCAUGUUCGACUUUAUCUCAAAACUACCCUCAAUUAGCGAGUGACUUGUUCAACGCGGCAUUCAUGUCUUGUUGGACGGAGCUCGGCGAGCAGCCUCGUAGGGAGCUCGUGAUGGCGUUGGAACGUGCACUUACAGUCCCCGAUGUUCCGGAGUUGUCAUUAGCUGUUUUAAAUCUGGCUGAAUUUUUGGAGCAUUGUGAAAAAGGCGUCCUGCCUAUAUCAAUAAAAUUACUCGGAGACACCGCAAUCAGUUGCCGGGCGUACGCUAAAGCAUUGUACUAUAAGGAAGAAGAGUAUCGCCGAAAUCCAACAACGCAGGUCGUUGAAGCUCUCAUACAUAUUAAUAACAAACUUCAACAGAAAGAAGCAGCCAAUGGCUUACUAGAAAAGGUGAUCACUCAAAAGAAAAAUGGCGAUUGUUCUCUAAAUGUCCACGUACGUUGGUAUGAAAAACUACACAAUUGGGAACAAGCAUUAGAUCUGUAUGACAAGAAAUUAGAAGUUGAACCACAAGAUACUGAGUCGAGAUUGGGCAUGAUGAGGUGUUUGGAGGCAAUGGGGGAAUGGAGGAAGGUGUAUAAUAUUACUAAUGAUCAAUGGGAUGAUAUAAGUGAUGAUUUUAAAACGAAAUCAGCAAAGAUCGCCGCGGCCGCAUCAUGGGGCUUACAGGAAUGGGACUCUAUGAAAAAGUAUGUGGAUUGUAUUCCAGAAGACAGCCAAGAUGGCGCGUUUUACAGAGCUAUUUUAUCAAUUCACGAAGGUCAGUGGCCGGAGUCCAGGCAUUACAUAGACGCUGCGAGGUCUUUACUCGAUGGCGAAUUAACUUCAGUGUUAAGUGAAAGUUACCAAAGAUCGUACGGAGCGCUGGUCAAUGCGCAGUUGCUGACAGAACUAGAAGAAGUUGUAACGUAUAAACUGGUGGAAGAACGAAGAAGUACAAUUCAUAGAACAUGGUGGGCGAGACUACAAGGAGGUCAGCGUUUAGUUGAAGACUGGCGUAAGAUGCUUCAAAUACGAAGCCUCGUUAUGACACCUCGGGAAGAUUUUCAGACUUGGCUAAAAUUCGCUUCACUUUGCCGAAAAACUGGUUCAAUAACCCAAGCUCAUAAGAUUGUUCUUUCUAUUUUGGGAUGCGAUCCCUACACGAAUCCAGAUAUACUUCGAAUGCAGGAUCCGAGAAUCGUAUUGGCUUACAGUAAGAAUUUAUGGGAAGGAGGAAAUAAACGCUACGCAUACGAUGUGUUGCAAAGAUUCGUAGAUAAUUCAGAACCGGAAAAUGAUGAUCAUUGCAAACUGCUCGCCCGCUGUCAUUUGAAGUUAGGCUCCUGGUGCGAGUCGCUUCAGGAAAUCAACGAGCUGUCUAUUCCAGAAAUAUUAAGGAAUUACUCAGCGGCGACAAUGCUGGCCCCUGAUUGGUACAAAGCAUGUCACGCGUGGGCCUGCAUGAACUUCGAAACUGUCCUUUUCUAUAAACAGCAGGAUAAUAUAUCUGAGAGCAGCCUCGCUGGUGGUUCCGGAGAGAAAAAAGUCUCCAGAGCUGAUUUUAUAAAUACACAUACAAUACCAGCUAUCGAAGGGUUCUUUAAAUCUAUCAGUCUGUCGAAUGGAAAUUCCCUUCAGGAUACGUUGAGACUUCUUACUCUAUGGUUUGACCACGGCCAUCACCCGGCUAUAUACGAUGCACUCUUUGAAGGAAUACGGCAAAUUGAUAUUAAGAUAUGGCUCCAAGUGAUACCACAGCUUAUAGCUAGAAUUGAUUCGCCGAGGAGUUUGGUAGCGAAAUUAGUUCACAUUUUACUGAUCGAUAUUAGUAAAUCCCAUCCUCAGGCCUUAGUUUACCCUCUAACUGUAGCUACAAAAUCUUCAUUCGUAACGAGAAAGACUGCCGCCAACUAUAUUUUGAAAACAAUGUGCAGUCAUUCUCAGAAUCUUGUGAACGACGCCGCUUUGAUAUCGGAAGAAUUGAUCAAAGUGGCCAUCUUGUGGCAUGAACAAGUCUUUAUAGCGCUCGAUGAGGCUUCGAGAUUGUAUUUCAGUGAAAAAGACUACCGAGGUAUGUUCAGAACGCUGGACAAAAUGCACACAAUGUUAGAACGAGCUCCGGAAACAUUGAAGGAAGUAUCAUUCUUACAAAUGUAUGGAAGAGAUUUACAAGAAGCGCAGAGAUGGUGCGAACUUUACAAGGAGAGGAGUGAAGAGCGGUACCUAAACGAGGCAUGGGACCUGUACUACCACGUGUUCCGGCGGCUGACGGCGCAGUUCCGCUCGCUGACGUCACUGGAGCUGCAGUACGUGAGCGCGCGCCUGCACGCCUGCAGGGACUUCGAGCUCGCGGUGCCCGGCUCAUACGUGCCCGAUCAGAGUGUUAUCAGAAUAUCGCAUAUUAAGACCCAGUUGCAGGUGAUCAAAUCAAAGCAAAGACCACGCCGCCUCACAAUCCAAGGGUCAGACGGCAAAGAGUAUAUGUUCCUGCUCAAAGGUCACGAGGAUCUGAGACAGGAUGAGAGGGUGAUGCAGCUCUUCGGACUGGUCAAUACCCUGCUACAGUCCGAUACUAACACCUACCGCCACGACCUAGCUAUACAGCGGUAUGCGGUCAUACCGCUAUCCCCUAACUCCGGUCUCAUAGGAUGGGUACCACAGUGCGAUACGUUAUACAAUCUCAUAAGUGACUACAGAGAUAAGAAAUCCAACAAACUAGCUCUGAACACAGAACAGCAGAUCAUGCAAAGAAUGGCAUCUGAUUAUCAGAAGCUUAUGUUGAAACACAAGGUGGAAAUAUUUGAAUACACAUUAUCCCAAACUCCCGGGAAUGACUUAGCAAGACUUCUUUGGCUGAAGAGUCCGUCAGCGGAGGCGUGGUUCGAGAGACGUACGAACUAUACGCGGUCGCUGGCCGUCAUGAGCAUGGUGGGCUACAUCCUCGGCCUCGGAGACAGGCAUCCCUCCAACAUCAUGCUGCACAGAGUCUCAGGCAAAGUCCUGCACAUCGAUUUCGGAGAUUGUUUCGAAGUAACUCAAACUAGGGAGAAGUUACCGGAAAAAAUACCAUUCAGAUUGACUAGGAUGCUUAUUAAUGCUAUGGAGGUAACUGGAAUAGAGGGCACAUAUCGCUUCACGUGCGAGUCUGUAAUGCACGUCUUGCACAAACAUCGCGACAGUGUGAUGGCGGUGCUCGAGGCCUUCGUAUACGAUCCCCUCCUCAACUGGCGGCUGAUCGACAACGACAGGCAUUCUAUCACCGAGUCCACCUUCUCAUCAGACAUUGACUCCUCAUACUCCAUGCGCAGCAGGAGUAGGAACCAUUUACAUUACGAAUCUUUAGAGAUACCCCCAGAAGCGAAUCUGAACAAGAGAGCACUCGCCAUUUUGAAUAGAAUAAGGGACAAACUGACAGGACGGGACUUCCCCCAAAUAGAGGCGGUUGUGAGUGUACCCAAACAAGUUGAUAUGUUGAUCAAAAUUGCUACUAAUAAUGAGAAUUUGUGUCAAUGUUAUAUUGGAUGGUGUCCGUUUUGGUAAUUUCACAGAGUUACAAAUGCGACAUACUGUAAAUAUAUGCUUUUAAAGAAAAAAAAAAUAAUUUUAACAUCAUCUUAUAUCUUUACCUAUGGUAUUGAAUUUUUAUUUCGUAUAUACAGCUAUCGGCUGUACAAUAAUUUUUUUUCUUGACUGGUAAACUAAUUAUAGUUCUAACGAAACCGUAGUUUUUAUUUUGUUUACAUUAAGAUUUAUUGAUUCUAAAACUAUUAAAUGUUUUCCUCGCUUUCCUAAUUCAUAUUAGUAGUUGCUUUCCUAUUUAAUUAUUGUAAAUAUAUCUUAGUAUAGAACAUAUAUACAUAUUUAAUAUUUAAAUGUAACUCGUAAUUAAUGUUAAUCAACUUUCUACUUAAAAUAUUUUGUAUGUUAACACUUUUCUCUUCUCUUUGUUGAUAAAAACGUUAACUAUAUAAAAUUGUUACAUUUUAUACCAUGAAACCUUGCAAAAUAAAAAAACAUUAUAACCCUAAGUUUCCAUUGUGAAAACAUUUGUACAAAAACAUACUAGGUUGGUACCUAGGAUGGAAGGAUGGUUCCUUAUUACUCUCUUUGAUAUAAAAACAGAGAUAAACCUUUUUUGUACAAGCUUUUCGAUGAAACUUAUUGUAAUACUAGCAAAAAGUCUGUACAAAUUAAUAAAAGAAAGUAAAAAAUA